AUGACUAUGACUCAAUGCGUUAUAACAGUUAUAUCAAAAUUUGAGAAUGAGAAUAUAGAUUAUGUUGAAGAGUAUAUAAAAGGAAUAUCAGAAUUUAGAAAAGUGGUCAAAUCAUCUCGUGCAAUUGAUUAUUUUGUUGAAGUUUCAGAUGUUGAAACAGUUAGAAAAUCAUUGAAAAGUAAAUUCUUACAUACAAUUGAUGUAAUUAUACAACCGAUUGAAUAUAGAUCCAAGAAAUUAUUUGUAUUUGAUAUGGAUUCAACUUUAAUAUAUCAAGAAGUUAUUGAAUUAAUUGCAGACUCAGACCCAAAUUUAAAAUUAAAAAUUGCUGAAAUUACCGAAAGGGCAAUGAAUGGAGAAUUGGAUUUUAAUGAAAGUUUAAAGAAAAGAGUUGGAUUAUUAAAAGGUAUUAAUGCAGAAACUUUAUGGGACGACAUAAAACCAAAAUUAAAAAUAACUAACGGUGCAAAAGAAUUGAUUCAAUUUUUAAAAUCAAAAGGUAUAAUUACCUCUGUUUGUUCUGGUGGGUUCAUUGAACUAGCUGAAUAUAUUAAAUCGGAAUUGGGUUUAGAUUAUGCAUAUGCUAAUAAAUUAGGUAUAUCUGAUAAUAAAUUAAAUGGAGAAAUUAUUGGUGAAAUUGUAAAUGGUGAAAAGAAAGCACAAUUAUUAAAAGAAAUUGCAAAGGUUCAUAAUAUAGAUACUAAAUUUGCUUGUGCUGUUGGUGAUGGUGCUAAUGAUUUGCCUAUGAUGUCUAUUGGAUUUGGAAUUGCUUGGAAUGCAAAACCAAAAGUUCAACUAGAAGCUCCAAGUUGUUUAAAUACUGAUAGUUUAAAAGAUAUUAAAUAUAUUAUAGAAUAG